UGCUGGAAAACUUGCACAUAAAUCGUAUGCAUACAUACAUACGAGUAUAUUUAUAUAUGGAUAAUACAAGUAACAAAAAACACAGUCGGUCCAUGUGUUUGGCUGUAGCGUGCUGUCACACAGACAGACAGGUAGGAAGAAACAUUCCGCGUAUAAAUUACAUAUAGAGAAUUACUUCAGUCUAUUAAAACAAUUCUUUUCAAACUCUUAUCAAUGGGAAGGAGAUACUUUUGGCGAGAAGCCCGAGGCCCUGAAAACACUGUUCAUGUCAUUGAAAUAAAUUAGCUUCAUGGAUUUCAAUGGUGUUUGCAGACUUAAUAUUAUCGUCUGUACUGCAUGGUUACAGCGACAACCACUGUUAAGUUUAAGACCUUUUAGUUCAAAAUCUAGUACAUUUAGCCUAAAGUUCAUAAGUAAGGCAAAAAUGAGUUUUAUCCGACUCAGACCGGUCAGUUGGUAUGUUCAUAAAAGAAAUUCGUACCAACAUUUGUUAACGAUAGUAGCGUUUGUCUAUAAUAUUGUGGGAUAGAUAGGCAAACUUACGACUGCUUAUAAUUCUGUCAGAAGAAGGACGAGACACACAGUAAAUAAGUUUCCCUUAGAUUUUACAUUUAUAGUCCUCACUAGAUAUCAGUGUCACUCGUAGUUCGUAGUGAACACCGAAACUUAAUGUAGUGUAUAUUAUUUAUUCAUGUUAAUACGUUCCAAUUUAAACAUCCAUUACUGAUAAUAUUUCUGAGGACAUAAAGUAGUGCCUGAAACAAAUAGAUAAUGCGGAGUGCACAAUUGAGUAUGACUUUUAGUAUAAAAAUAAUCGCCGAAGGAUGAAUUCAUAUGUGGUGGACAGAUUAUAUUAUGGUGAUUACACUCGGUGGUAAUAACAACAUAUGUACGUUUAAAAAUAUGUUUUCUCAAAUUUUUAAGAUUUGAAUGAGUCAUAACUAAUUGAGAAUAUUCGUAAAAUCAACGAUCCUUAACUUCGAGUUAUUUUACGACAUUACCCUAAAAUUCAGGAAUAUGAUAAACUGAAGCACAGCUGCUAAAAACUCAUCUAAUAGUACUAUAUGUUUGAGAUUACAGUACCUCGAGAACGAAGGCGGGACUUUGAACGCAUGUACAACCCCUACGGGCUGGAUGAUCUGAUGGCAGAGUUUGGCUGGGUCAACUGGACAGCACUUCUGGAAAGCAUGAUGCCAGUGUCUGUGCAGCUCAGAAAAAACGAGCUGAUUAUCGUCAGUGAAGUGGAGUUCCUCAAGAAGCUUGAGGUGUUCCUACAGAAGUACUCUGAUGAAGUGAUUGCCAACUACAUGAUGUGGCUAGCAGCUAGCGAUAUGGCGGACAUGCUGACCAAUCAGAUGAGGAAUAGGAAGAGGGAAUAUGCGACUGUAGAGCCACGGUGGAAGGAGUGUAUCGGAGUCGCUUCAAGCCUUUCACUGGCUCUUUCUUCACUUUACGUCGAGAGAUACUUUGAUGAGACCUCCAAAAAGGCAGCUCUGAAUAUGACUAAUAUGAUACGUGAAGAAAUCAUCCGUGACAUUCAAGAACUGGACUGGAUGGAUGAAGAAACCAAAAAACGAGCCUUGCACAAGGCAUCUCAAAUUGUUCAACAUAUUGGUUAUCCUGAUGAGCUUAUGGAUAUGAAAAAAAUUGAAGAAUACUAUAAAGGGCUGGACAUUGACAAAGACCAGUACUUCGAAGCGUUGGUCGAUCUGUCUCGUUGGGCCAACGACUACAAGUUCCGCCAACUGCGAGAGGAGGUAAACAGGACAGACUGGAGGUCGCAUGGUACUGUCACUACGGUAAACGCCUUCUAUUACCAUAUGGAGAACUCAAUGCAAUUUCCAGCUGGAAUUCUCCAGCAGCCGUUCUUCAGCGCUCGGGUUCCUCAGUAUGUAAACUACGCUACGAUAGGGUUUGUUAUUGGUCACGAGAUUACGCAUGGAUUUAGUUAUAAGGGCAGCCAGUUUGAAUUAUAUAAGGGCGACCUUAACGAAUGGUGGGGGAAGGAAAGUAAGGAGAAUUUUAAGAAGAAGAAGAUGUGUAUAAUAGACCAAUACGCCAGCUAUAAAGACAGUCAGACUCAAUUAAAC